CAAAAGGGGUUCAAUGUUGGCCUCUUCUGAGCAGUCAGAUUCACUUCAAGAAGACAAUGUCUCAUCUCAACCUAUAACUUCUACAACUAACCAAUAUGCGCUUCCUUCUUCCAAUUUAUCAGCUCUGUUUUUUCUUGAUCCGCCCGUCUUUCGCAAUCACAACAUCGACAUUCCCAAGGCGUUUGCCAGGUUGCCCAGCUCCAUCACAGGACAGCUUGGUAACAGUCAGCAACAGGAAGAAAUCGGCAACCGGUUCUUUAACACGAUUCAUGCAUGGCUACCCAUGGUAUCCCGGAAAAGAUUCUAUGAAGAUCUACGAAUCCAUUCUGAAAACCUCAGCGCCUCUGCCGACUUGGCUUUUUUACUCUUGGGCAUGAAGCUGAUGACAUGGCAACCGCUUUCAGAAGAUGAUGUCUCUCCAGUGAAGCAGACAGCUCGAACUGCGACGUACAUUGAGACGAAAAGGUUUGGCUUCGAGCUCGAGGCAUCCGGCAUGUUCUCUCUCCGAGUGCUCCAAGGGCUACUUCUCGUGGCGUUUUAUGAAGUUGGACAUGCAAUCUAUCCCGCCGCGUUCAUGUCUAUAGCAGCGUGUGUGCGAUAUGCACAUGCAUUAGGCAUACAUCCAGGGGGGCUGCAGAGACUAAAGCUACCGCUGACGUGGGUAGAAGAGGAAGAACGGAAGAGGGUCUGGUGGGCAGCGUUUCUGCUGGAUCGAUUUGUUAGCUUGAGCUGUCCAGGGUGUCCAGCUACUGUUGAUGAGCCAGAACCAGAAGAUGCUCUACCGACGGAUGAUGAGCUUUGGGACGAGGGCGUCAAGAAAGUGCCCCGUUCGCCGCUGUUGAAGAAUCCCGUCAACAUAGACUUUGGGAGAUUUGCAGUGCUAAUACAGGCUUUUGCUCUCAUGUCCAAGGUGCAACGACUCACGUCCUCUUCACGAAACAUUCCACCACAUCUGUUAAAGGAAGAGGCGCAACGGCUAGAGCGGGCCAUUAAAGCUCUCUAUUAUUUCGGACGAAUAGAGCGUAAACCGGAAACUGGGCUACCCAGUUCUGAAUUUCACUCCGUAUCUCAGAUCUCCUUGAUAGCAAUAUAUACCUGCUCAACCAUUCCGAUUGAGAUGCCAGACAAGUUCAUUGAAUCGCUUGCCGAUGCUCUAAACGCUCCUGACUAUGAGGAUCUUGUCACAGCUGCUCAGCGCGGACAGGAUGAGAUUUCUCCGUUUCUAAUACAGUUGAUAUACCAAGCCUCUGUAAUUCUCUUGAAAAUCGAAAAUCACCAAGAUGAAAACUGGAGCGACCCAAAAGUAGAGAAGCUCAAGAGCGCCUUAUUAUGGUUAGACAAGAGGUGGAAGCUGGCAGGAGUGUUUUAUCAAGCGUUAGAAGCUCAGCAAAUCGCAUUGUCAAGAGGUUUACAGUUGGCUUAA